UCUAUAAUUUUUCCCGCGCAUUUUGUAAAGGAGGGAAUGGGAAAUAAUCAUUUGUUUUAGAUAGAUAUAUGUUUAACUAAAAUUUAAAUUAUUUUAUUGAAUUGAAUGUUUUAGCUUUGUCAAUAUAUAUUUCCAUUAUUUAAGAGAUGGACGUCACAAUUGAUGAAAUAGCGGAACAAUUAGAUGAAUUUUGCAUGUCUGUUCAAGAUGAAGAAAUAUUACGAAAACUUAAGGAGCUUUGUUUUGUUUAUCAUUGUUCAGCUGAGGAUAUUGUUGCUGAAUGGGUAUCCUAUUGUGUAUCAAAAACUGUGAAGAAGGAGUGCAUCCCACCCACACUACAACUUCUAGAUCAGUUGGAUAAAGAAAAAGAAAUGAGCUCCAAAACUUCCAAAUCAAGAAAAUCUCAAUCAGUAUCAACUCCAGUUUACAAUUCUAAAACAAUAUCUUCUGAACACUUUCAAUCUCCAACAAUGGACAAUCGAAGAAAUUUGUCACUUGAUAAAAGUCCUCAGUUUUCUCCCAGUUCUAUGACUCCUUCAGGUUAUACACCAUCCCGAAAAUAUGGAUCAAGGAAUAAUGCUGGAGACGUCUGCCUAUCUUUCGGAUCUGCUAAUGUAGAGUGGAUGCAUUCUGAUGAAAUUUUCUGUAGUAUAACUGCCUUUAAAGAAAGUGUUGCUCUUCAAAAACCAUAUAAUUAUAUGUGUGAAAAAUUAAGAGACUAUGCUUCCAUUCUAAAUGACAUGAUUCAGGAUGCUGCAAAGUUGUUUGAAGAAAAAAAUAAUAUUGAAGAUUGGGGUCAUAUUCAAUUGCCAUCUAUGGAAACUGUUCCGGUUGUCGGACGUAUUUGUUCAGACAAUACUGGUCGAUUAAGUGCAUCUUCGUUGUUGUUAGAAGGAUCUCAGGAAACGAGCUCUGGGCAAUGCAUUCCUUUGGAUGUUAGCAGUUUAAAACAAUUUUCUUUCUUCCCUGGACAGAUUAUUGCUGGUACUGGGGUUAAUAACUUGGGAAAAAAGUUUAUUUUGAAAAGCCUAUUUGAGGGCUUGUACCCACCUGUCUCCUCUAAAGCUCCUGACUUGGCUAACUGCAACGAGUCUUUAAGUGUUGUAAUAGCUGCUGGUCCAUUUGCAACUUCUGACACAUUUUCAUAUGAACCACUUUUUGAUCUAUUGAAAUAUAUCAAGUCACAUCAGCCUCAUGUUGUUAUACUG